AUGGUUGUUAUUGGUUGUAGGCCUGAUGCCAUCACUUGCAACACUUUGAUUGAUGGAUUGUGUAAAAACAGGGAAGAUGAGGGUUGCAAUAAGUUGCUUGAAGAAAUGGCUAAGGGGAAUGAAAAAUCCGGUGUUAUUUGUAGGCUAGAUGUUGUUAGGUAUAAUACUAUAAUUGAUGGGCUUUGUAAGGCUGCAUUAAUUCAGAAGGUGAGAGAAUUGUAUUUGGGAAUGAAAGGUUUGGGAAUUAGUCAAGACAUUUAUACUUACAAUAUUUUAAUGAAUGGUGAUUGCUUUGCUGAUAGAAUUAGUGAUGCAAGGGAGUUGUUUGAUUCUAUAACUAGAAAGGGGUAUGGACCUGAUGUUGUUAGCUACAAUACUUUAAUCAAUUGGUAUUGCAAGAAUAAAAAAGUCAACAAAGCUCUUUAUCUUUAUCGAAAGAUGAUUUCUAAAGGAAUUACGCUUGAUGUGAUAAUUUAUAACACUUUGUUAACUGACCUUUUUCUUAAAGCUAAUGUAAAAGAUUCAUGGAAUUUAGUUGGUGAGAUGCAACUUAAUGGUGUUUUACCUAAUUCCUAG